UUUGGUCGCACAAAGUACGAGAAGCUUCUGAGUUGUGAUUAAUAGGGUUUUAGCAGCUGCCCGACCCGAACCAAAACCAAACCUGAUAUUUCUCUUUACUCGUUAAACCCUGAACCCCAAAAUCCCCAACCCCUGUAAUCUCUCUGUCCAUUGAAGUCGGAUCAUAUCAAAUGGCGUUCAUCUCUAGCUUCCGACGCGUUCUUGGCGGAUCUUCCUCUGCUAUUCAAUCCCAAUUCGUCGCCAUUCGUCACAAUUCAACUCUCACUUCCCCCAAGCUAUUCAUCAGCGGUCUUUCCAGACUAACAACAGAUGAAAAGCUUCAAGAGGCAUUUUCUCCAUUUGGGCAGAUUGUAGAUGCGAAAGUGGUUAUCGAUAGGGCGUCGGGAAGAUCAAAGGGGUUUGGUUUCAUCACAUACACGUCCAUUGAAGAGGCCGAGCAAGCUAGAGAGGGAAUGAAUGCCAAGUUCUUAGAUGGGUGGGUUAUUUUCGUUGACCCUGCGAAACCUAGGGAGCCUAGGCCUCCACCUCAAGCACAGCCAAAUCCUUCUGAAACUGGUUUUAGAACUAACAAGACCAUUGGAUGGUGUGGAUGAUUGCAUAAGUUCCUUGGGUUGAUCUCAUUGUGAUGAAAGCAAGGGGAGUUGAAAUACUGUAAUACUCUCUUGUGUUAUUUGUAUUGAGAAACAUGAAAGACUUGGUAACUUAGGUGAAUUAUUUGGGACAGGGGACCUUGUUAACCUUGUGUAUUGGUUCAUUUUGGCCUCUGUUUGAACCACUUUAAUGCUCUAAUCUAUAUGCCAAUGUUGGCUUCCUUCUUU